AGAGAAACCCUAGGAAGAAAGAUAACUAGACAAGCCAUGGCAGAAAACAGAAGGCAGACAGAGUACUGCUCCUUCAUCGACUAGACGAGAGCAAAUUAAACACCAACAAAAAUUAAUCCACACCCUCCAUUUCUCCAACAAUACAAACCCACCAUUUUUCUGAAACACUGCCGAGUAUAUACAUACAUACAUGCAUGUAUAUAUUCACGAAUUCUCUGCAUUUUUGCAAACGUAGACUUUGAUUAUUGCCUGUGGAAUUUGGGGAUUCGGUUAUCUAAAUGAAGGGGAUGCCCUUACCCUUUGAAUUUGAGGGGAAGGGGGUGUUCGACUUGGAUUUUGUGGUAAACAACAAAGACUUCAUCACUGAUUUCGUCAAAAAAGGUAGCUUCCUGAGCGAGCCUACAUCUGUGCUGGAUUCUGCUAGAAUUCGGAGCAGGCCAACUUCCUCCUCAACUCUGUCUUCAUCUCUCGGCGGAGGUGGUGGUGCUGCUUCUACCGACACGGCCGGCGUGGCGGCUGUUUCGGACACUAAAUGGCAGCAAGACUCCACCACUGCCACCAGCUCCAAUGCAACUGACUCCGACCUCCUCCCCGUUCCGCCGUCUCUAGAGAUCCGAGGCAACCCGGAGAAAUUCGCCAUGGAGGACUGGGAGGGCGUGCUGUCGGAGUCUCCCAGCCAGGAACAGGCAUUCCUCCGCUAUGUCAUGGCUGAUGUGGACGAUCCUGCAAUGGGGAAUCUCAGUAAGUUCGUCCAAUUAGGCGGAGGCGCCGCCGCGGAUUUCGAUUUUAGCGGCGGCUUUGGUGUGGUGGAUCAAGGGUUCGGCGGGGAGCAAUUUGGGGGAAGCAGCUUCAUGCCCUCGCUCCCAAUUUUCCCAAACACCAACAGAUCCAGCGUCGAGAAGAUUGAAAUGAAACCUCCCAUUUUCAACCAGCACCAGACCAACUACAUCCCGCUGCCGUUCACUCAACAGCAAGAGCAUAGCCUCUUCGGGUCUCCUCAGGCCAAGCGCCACAACCCGGGAUGGCCCGCUGAAGAGCCUGGCGCCCAGAUCUCGAGAGGGCCGUUUACGGACACCGGACAGUUUCCCCAUUACCUGCAGCAGCAGAAGCUCAAAAUGGAGGAAUUAGGGCUCCAGCAGCAGCAGCAGGCCGUAGUCGACCAGCUGUACAAGGCUGCAGAGCUGGUCCAAACUGGAAAUCCAGCACUCGCGCAAGGGAUAUUGGCGCGGCUCAAUCACCAGCUCUCCCCCAUUGGUAAGCCUUUUAAUAGGGCUGCCUUUUAUUGCAAGGAGGCUUUGCAAAUGCUCCUUCAAACUAAUGUCAACAACUCUUCUUCCACGCCUUUUAGCCUCGUUUUCAAGAUUGGUGCUUACAAAUCUUUCUCUGAGAUCUCCCCUCUUGUCCAAUUUGCCAACUUCACCUGCAAUCAAGCCAUUCUUGAAGCUCUCCAAGGCUUUGAUAGGAUUCAUAUUGUUGAUUUCGACAUUGGCUAUGGCGGCCAGUGGGCGUCUCUUAUGCAGGAGGUUGCACUUCGUGGCGGAGGCGCACCCUCCUUCAAAAUUACUGCCCUUGCAUCUACUUCUACCCAUGAUCAGCUCGAGCUCAGCCUCACACGAGAGAAUCUCAUCCAGUUUGCUAGUGAGGUUAACAUUGCAUUCGAGUUUGAGGCUAUUAGUAUUGAUUCCUUGAAUUCUGCUUCAUUGUCUUUGCCUUUCCACGUGCAAGAGAACGAGGCGAUUGCAGUAAAUCUCCCUGUCUGCUCUCUUGCCAAUCACCAGUUCUCGGUGCCACUAAUCAUGCGCUUUGUCAAGCAGCUCUCACCGAGGAUUGUGGUAUCUGUUGACAGGGGGUGUGAUGGGACUGAUCUUCCGUUUGCCCACCACAUAGUCCACGCUCUCCAGUCUUACUCAAACCUGCUUGAGUCUCUUGAUGCUGCCAAUGUGAAUAUGGACGCCCUGCAGAAGAUUGAGAGGUUCUUGGUCCAACCAGCCAUUGAGAAGAUUGUGAUGAGCCGUCUUCGAUCACCUGAGAAGACGCAGCAUUGGAGGUCUCUCUUUUUGUCUUCAGGGUUCUCCCAAAUAACGUUUAGCAACUUCACGGAAUCACAAGCUGAGUGUGUGAUUAAGAGGACUCCAGUUCGAGGUUUUCAGGUUGAGAAGAGGCAGUCUUCUCUCGUUCUAUGCUGGCAAAGGAAGGAACUGAUCUCUGCUACAGCUUGGAGAUGCUGAAGCAUGUGGAAUUCUUCUAGAAGGUGCUAUGAUAUUUCACAAACCCUACUACUGCCUUAAAAUUUAAUGAAUAUCCAUCAUGCCUGAGUUUGUUCUCCUAAUUAUCUUGCUGACUCGGGCAGAUUGUUUUCAACUUUCGGAUGAACUAGCUGCAUGUUAGUACCGGAUGGUCUAAUAUAUGUAAUAUUAUUCAAUGCCGUAUGUUAAUGGUGGAUCUUACUUACUGUUC